AUGUCUCGUAAAAGGGUUUUUCUUUUGUGCAUUUUUCUGGCCAUUUCUGCAGUUGUUGACGAAGCCGCGUCGUUCAGGAAUCCAGACGUAGCAAGGAAUGUCUCCUUCCUGGAAUUCACAGCAGAUGGUGACGCUGAAGAAGGACAGGCGGGGGAUCAGUCGCAGGGGCAGCCAAGUGAACCCAUUGUUAACACCCAGCCGUUGCAGGAAAUUGUAAAUGAAGCCCCUAACCCUUCCGACGAGUCAACUGGUGGAAGCGCUGAGAAAGGAACUGACCACGGCCAGGUGGAGCCAACACAGCGGGGAGGCGAGGAGGAGAAACCCCACGGAGGGGAACACGACAAAGGGAGCACCGUAAGCAACGUAAGCGACGGAAACGACGCAAGGGACGGAAGCAAUACAAGCCUCGCAAGUAUCGGAAGCGACGGAAGCAACACAAGCCUCGCAAGUAUCGGAAGCGACGGAAACGACGGAAACGACGCAAGGGACGGAAGCAACACAAGCCUCGCAAGUAUCGGAAGCGACGGAAGCAAUGCAAGCCACGGAAGUAACGUAAGCGACGGAAGCAACACAAGCCUCGCAAUAUCGGAAGCGACGAGCAAUGCAAGCCACGGAAGCAACACAAGCCUCGCAAGUAUCGGAAGCGACGGAAGCAAUGCAAGCCACGGAAGUAACGUAAGCGACGGAAGCAAUGCAAGCCACGGAAGCAACACGAGUAUCUCAAGCAUCGGAAGCGACGGAAGCAAUGCAAGCCACGGAAGUAACGUAAGCGACAGAAGUAACAUAAGCGACGGAAGCAAUGCAAGCCACGGAAGUAACGCAAGAGACAGAAGCAUCCAAAGUAACGCAAGCAGUGGAAGCGAGGCAAGCAACGACGCUAAUGGAAAGGCGGACGGAACGGUGGAUAAUCAUGCGGAACAGGCGCCUAACGGGCAGACCGUCGAGAAAGUGGGUAUCGAGAAGGACGACACACACAGUGAGAGUAGCAGCACGGGCUCUAAUUUGGAUACAGAGCAGCUGGACUUGUAUACAGAUACCCAUUCAGACAAGGAAGAGAAGAGCGCCCCUGCCGUGACUAAUACGGACAAGACGGUAGCGCUGGGAGAGAGAAACGCCUCUGAAUCGUCAGCCCCAAGUGAAGAUAAAGCUUCCGAACAGAAUGUACACCGUGAAGUGCAAGUUAAAAAUGGUACGGGAAGUUCUCAAGAGACUUCCAGCACGGGACAACUGACACCUGUGCAUGGCGAGCAUGGAAAAAGUCAAGAUGACGGGAAGCAUGAACAGCAUGGACAUCCUGGAGAGCAUGGACAACAUGGACAGAAUGAACAGCGUGGAGAACAUGAAGACAACCAAAUAUAUGGGACGAUUCACCCCGGGCACAAAACUUCCCUUUUAUCCCAAUUGAAGGAAAAAGGCAUCCACGUGUCCACCACAGAAAGAGCAAUCCUUGAGAUCAUCGAAAGCGCCAAGAAAGGGGUAAAAGGAUUAUUACAGCUACAGAACAGCAAAGACACAGGCAAGUUACUGCAGGAGGCUUUAGAGAAGCUGAACAUAAGGCAAAGAAAUUUUCAGAACAAUAGUUUCAUUCCUCUAGAAAAAUAUGACAAGAUUCUCUCCCAAAUAUUUAAGAUAUUAACAGAAAUGUCAUUCUAUAAGGAUGGCCACUUUUACGAAACGUUAGGUUUGGACAAAUCGGUAUUAAAUCAAUCACUAAAAGAAAUGAAAAUAAAAAUGCUCAGGACCAUUGGAGUGUCCUACACCAAGUUACCUCCUAUUAUUAAGAACAAACAGAAAGAAGGCAUGUGUGCAGUUAAUGAUCUCAUCAUUAGCAUUACGUCAAGAGAGUUGGCUCAACGAUUGGCCAUAAUGUUCUCAAAAUGGCUUGCUGCAGAAGAAUACGGGGCUUUGGUCGAAUUGGAUAAAAGCGUAGAAUUAAAUGUGCUCUGCUCAGGGGCACCUAUCCUAUUGCAACAGUGGAAGUAUUACCAGAAUAUGCUGGGGUUCGAGGUGGGGAAUGAACAUGCCUUUUUAAAUUUAAUCGAUGAGUUGUUAGUCAUUGACAAAAGAUAUAGUAACAAUAAAAAGUAUUCUAAGGACCUAAAGAAAAUAAAAAAAUCCAAAGCUUUUAAUUAUUGUACAAAACUUAUGAGGAUGGCAGGAAAUAUAUCUACCGUUCCAUUUAAUCAUGAAAAUAAUAAAACGCCCAGUCAUUCCAUCACCGGGUCGUUAGGGAACCUGGUGAAGGCUCACAUGGGCAAUUACUACAUUGCCAUUGCUAGGAGAGUAAACUCCUAUUUUGGAUAUACUGAGAAGAGGAACAAAAAAAACAGUCCUUUAAAAGUUAUUUCCGUUUGUACUCUCCUUCAUUUGACCGACAUGCUUUUCAGCUGCUCUGAUGAGCACCUAAAGAACAUUUUGGAUCUGAACACCUUGAAGCUUAACAUUCUGAACAUGCAGGGCAAGCGUGUUCUGCAUUCCCUCGUCAAGAUGAACUUCCUCAGCGAGACGCAGAACGGCUUCCUCAAGGAGAUCUGCGAACCGAAUAACACUCUAGUGGGCGAGACCCUGUCGAAGCUUCUCAACCUACUCUCAACCAGUUCGCACGAAGUGCUCGCGGCUGAGCUGGAAAAGCGCGGCUUCGACGAGGACUACCUACAGGAGGAAGUGAAAAAUAUAAACGAAAGCGACAAGAACGUUCGGGACAAGGGAGAAGACGAAAUGGAAAAUAUGAUUUUUGAAGAUUUGUGA